AAGGGGCUCGGAAGCGCCGGGCGGGGAGGAGAGAAGGAGGAGAGACUUGGAAACUCCGACUGCAAAUAAUAAAAGAAAUUGAAAACAAUACAUUAAUAUACCAUAGCAAUAAAAAGAGCAGGAGCGAGAGAUGAGAAAGGGGAUCCAGCCCGCCCUGGAGCAGUACCUGGUGACCGCCGGGGGUGGGGAGGGGGCGGCUGUCGUCGCCGCCGCCGCAGCAGCCUCCAUGGACAAAAGGGCACUGCUAGCCAGCCCCGGCUUCCCCGCCGCCGCCGCCGCUGCCGCCCCGGGCGCGUACAUCCAGAUCCUCACCACGAACACUUCCACCACCUCCUGUUCCUCUUCCCACCAAAGCGGCGCCGUCGCCGCCGGCCCCCUCCUCCCCAGUGCCCCCGGCGCGGAGCAGACGGCCGGCAGCCUCCUCUACACCACGCCGCACGGACCCUCCAGCAGAGCCGGGCUGCUGCAGCAGCCACCAGCGCUGGGACGCGGCGGCGGCGGCGGCGGCGGCGGCCCUCCGGCCAAGCGAAGGCUGGAGCUGGGAGAAAGCGGUCAUCAGUACCUCUCCGAUGGCUUAAAAACCCCUAAGGGCAAAGGAAGAGCUGCACUUCGAAGUCCAGAUAGUCCAAAAACUCCAAAAUCUCCCUCAGAAAAAACACGGUAUGACACCUCCCUUGGUCUGCUCACCAAGAAGUUCAUUCAGCUACUGAGCCAGUCCCCUGACGGGGUCUUGGAUUUGAACAAGGCAGCAGAGGUACUGAAGGUGCAGAAGAGAAGGAUCUAUGACAUCACCAACGUGCUGGAAGGCAUCCACCUCAUUAAGAAGAAGUCGAAAAACAACGUGCAGUGGAUGGGCUGCAGUCUGUCUGAGGACGGGGGCAUGCUGGCCCAGUGUCAAGGCCUGUCGAAGGAAGUGACCGAGCUCAGCCAGGAGGAGAAGAAAUUAGAUGAGCUGAUCCAAACCUGCACCCUGGACCUCAAACUGCUAACCGAGGAUUCAGAGAAUCAAAGGUUAGCUUACGUUACAUAUCAAGAUAUUCGAAAAAUUAGUGGCCUUAAAGACCAAACUGUUAUAGUUGUCAAAGCCCCUCCAGAAACAAGACUUGAAGUGCCUGACCCAAUAGAGAGCCUACAAAUACAUUUGGCAAGUACCCAAGGGCCCAUUGAGGUAUAUUUGUGUCCAGAAGAGACAGAAACACACAGUCCAAUGAAAACAAACAACCAAGACCACAAUGGGAAUAUCCCGAAACCCCCUUCCAAAGACUUGGCUUCAACCAACUCAGGACAUAGCGAUUGUUCAAUUUCUAUGGCGAACCUUUCUCCUUUGGCCUCCCCAGCCAACCUCUUACAGCAGACUGAGGACCAAAUUCCUUCCAACCUGGAAGGACCAUUUGUGAACUUACUGCCCCCCCUGCUCCAAGAAGACUAUCUCCUAAGCCUUGGGGAGGAAGAAGGCAUCAGCGAUCUCUUCGAUGCUUACGAUUUGGAAAAGCUCCCACUGGUGGAAGAUUUUAUGUGUAGUUGAUUAUGCAUUGUGUGAACUCCCCUUAUAAACCAAUAUUUUUUUAUUAUGGAACCAGAACAUCUGUCAUGCAGUGUUGUCCCUUCCUGCCUUCUUCCUCCGAGAUAGUAUCAUGAAGUAAACUACAAACUUCAGAACAAAGCUGACAUUUUAAAGAAUUUAAAAAAAAAAUUUUUUUUUUCGUUUAUUUGUCUAAACGCACAGUCGCAGGCGCCCUUGGGAAAGCCCUGCUUUGCCCCAGGCUCCGAAAUCUCCUGGAUGAGUCAGCAAGUGAGAAAAUGUGCAAUCAGGUGUCUCUCACCCGUAUUUUUCUUCCCCCACCCCCUUCCCGGAUUGGCUUGCUGUCCCUGAUGGAUGGGCUGUCGAAUGGGGUCUGGCCACCUGGCCCACUCGAAAACAGCAAUCUUCCUUAAUAGCAUUUCAAGCCGUGCCUUCUCCGCAGAAUGCAUGUCUUUGGGGUCUGCUAAUAUGGAACGGAACGGCAGGAACUGUAAACUUGAAGUCAUGCAAAAAGUAUGAAAUGGAUUUCUUCAGCUCUUCUUAGGAAUAUUUAAAUUACUGUCAUAAUUCAGUGUAAGCUAUGGACCGCGUGUCCCGCCAGGAGGUCGAGAGAACCCGCACAGCCUUUCGGAUGAAGAACUGUUUUCUACUGUCUGUUGCAGAUACAGAAGAACCGUAGCGUUCUGCCACUCGAAGCUGUUGUGGAUUUUCCUGACUCCAUUAACCACUCCCAGUCCCCCGCCCCCAACGUAUUUGUCAGUUUAGAGUUGAUUUGUAGCAAAUGCUCACUUAGAAGUUCUUUGUGGAUUGUUUUAGGCUUUUAAAAAAAAAUUUUUUUUUUUUUUAGCCGCCAUUGAAGCAUUCCUGUGGCACCCAUCACCAUUUCAAUUUAAUUGUUUACUUUGAAACGGUUUUUUGCUCAUUGGAAUGAUUUAAGCAGAGGUAGAGAACCUCUACUGAUCAGAGCAUCUAGACGCGUGGGACUGCAGGUGUAACAGCUUUGGCAAGAAGCACCAACCCCUUCUUGCUUCCCUUUCUGGGAGCGAGGGGGUCCUGGGGCUCGCGGACACCGGUGGCCCAUGUGAGAGGAGAACCAGGUCAGAUGACAGAGCAAGUCCCAGGGAGCCGCAGGUGUGGAUCCCUCCGUCCUCGGGCUUCCCUCCUUCCCCCCCCCCUCCCCGGGCCCCGAGAGUGGGGCAAGGGCUCUCUUACACUGCACUCAGGGAGACCACUUCUCAGGAUGGGGUCAGAUGGAGAGGCCUCCGGGGACAAAGACAUCCCCGCCGUGUGAGUGGCAUUCUGUGGGCAUUCACUUAACGCUGGCGAGACCGGGCCCCCCCCCCCCCCCACCACUGCCCAGUGGGGCUGCAGUCGUCCUGGCCAGAGCCCGGUCCCCUUCCUCCACGAAGGAGUAAAGUUGAACCAAGGGAAGCCGGGAGGUGGGAAAAGAAGCGAUAGAAUGCCGGGGCGCCUCCCACUUUACUCUUCGGGGAUGGUGUCCCCCAGUUGCUGGAGGCUUCGUGUCAGCCGCACAUCCUCCCAGGUACGUCCAAGAAUGGCUUUCCCGUGGGCCCCGGGAGCGAGCCUUCUCCCCGCCCCCCACCCCCCCCCACCCCCCCCCCCCGGGGCAGGUGGCCUGGUACCUCAGAUCCAUACCUUGGAUACUGAAGACUGCAGGAAUGAGGGAGUCACAUAAGAAACAAACAGAAAACAAAAACCUCAAGAUGAAACAAACGGUUAAAUUGAAAUGCUCUGUGCCUGACGCAGCAGCACUCGAUUCCUGUGUUGAACUGAAUCGAGAACAUCCCUUGGGAAAAACACAAAACAAGACAAAACAAAACAAAACAAAAAACCACGAAAGCCCCCAGCCAGUUUACUCUAGGUAGAUUUCCACAAUAUGCAAAGUGGUGGUGGGGUCAAAACAAAUGACACCAGCACUUUAAACUCUUUGUGUGGGUAUGCGUGGGUGUAUGUUUGGGAAGGCAAACAAAGGUGCAGAUUAUCCUCGUUUUUUCUUCCUCGGCCUCCGUCCCCAGCCUCCUCCCUCACACACACUGGAUUUGGUACAAAUAGCGGUGUGGUCCGUGAUGAAGCCUUGGGGUGGGGGAGGGAGGGGGAGCUUUGUGUCAAGUGCCUACUGGAAAUGCACUGUGGGGUGUUUUCCUGUAUGGGAAACCGUUUAUGCCAAGCUUUCCCCCAUUUCCCAUAUUUAUCUCAUCUGGUUAGCUGCCUCUGCUCCCAGCUUUGUCUCAUUCUCUUUGCCAGCUGCACAAAGCUGAUUUUUUUCCAAAGUCUAAAGACUGAGCUCACCUGGCUAGGUUGCUGUGUGUUCUGUUGACUUUCUCGCGAAGCCUUUGCGUGAUGUAAUAAUGCCGUAUUUAUUGUUUUUAAAAGAGAAAGGAAUACUAAUAAGUCUUAAAGAGUUCCUUCACGCGUAAGAUUUCUUUUCCCCCCAGUUAGUGGGCUUAACUGGUGUACCUUAAUUAGAUGUCCGUGCUGUGUUCCAUUUGCAUUAGUCCUUUUCUUUCUGACGUAGUAUCUGGCGUACCCAGCGGGUUAGUACUACGGUAUUUGUGUUACUUUAAGUACUAAGUCUGCAGGUUUUCUGGUACCAUUGAGUUGCUGCUAUUAACGCUCACACAUGAAAUGGCUGAAAGUUACAAGUGUGCAAAUUAUGACUGCGUGAGCCUUACAAAAUAAAGUGUAUAAAGGGCAACACAUGAGCUGUCAAACAGUGUUAGGUGUGUGUUCAUAUGUACAGAUCUGUGCAUAGCGGUCGUUUUAUUUAAGUUGAUAUGUAGUCUACUCACAUUUUCAUUAUCUAGCAAUUUUGUACAAAAAAAAAAUAGCAAUUAAUUUGUAAACACUGCCAGAGUAUUUUCUAGCUGGUUUGUAAUUUUUUAAGAGUGUCAUAUUGCGUUUUCGUUUUUCGUCGUGGUUUCUGUUUCCGUUUUCGUUGUUUUCAGUGUAGAUCUGUAAAUAAAACUGCAGUAUUUAAAGCUUUAUCUUUCAGGAAAAAGAGAGUAAGAACUCGAGGAGUGCAUGACAGUCUGUGUGUGAGAGGAAGGGUCUGAAGGAAGAUGGCUUUGCAGUGGUAUGGCAAGUCCGAUUGUGGGAAUUUCUUUUCCUACGGGGUACGUGAUUUUGUCGAAAGGAAGUAUCUCUCCCACAAUUGGGAGUAGGCAAACUACUAAUCGGUUUAGCUUCGUGUUGUAUGCUAGUUUAAAAAAGAAAAUAUGUAAUAUAAUGUAAAAAAAAAAAAGCUUUUAUGACGGAUUUUGUAAAUAGAUUUGUUACAGGGUAAACCUGUUCUCUAGCUGUGAUCUUACCACUUCAAAUGGGUGUAAUUUGAAUAAAUUUUGUAUGGUAAAGGAUCAAUAAAAUGAUUUUUUUUU